AAUGGCGUCGGUCACCGGGAAAACUCGAACGUUGCCUACACAUCGCGGCGCUCAGCUGUCUAUGGCACUCGCCGUGGCGCGGCGCUGGGCGUGACGGAGCCCUUUUCAACCGGGCUGGGCGGCGACUGCUUCUGUCUUUUUUACAGCGCCAAAGAGAAAAAAGUGCAUGGGCUCAAUGGAUCAGGCCGUGCGCCGGCAGCGCUGACUAUCGACAGACUACGGCGCGAGUUUGGAGUCGCUGGGGAUGAGAUACCAGCACACAGCGCGCACGCGGCCACUGUGCCGGGUGCGGCGGCCGGGUGGGUCGAUACGCUGCAGCUAUUUGGUUCGGGCCGCAUCCGGCAAUUUGUUGGCGAUAGUGGAUUCCCAGUUGGAGAGCUGACCUCUCCAUUCUGGCGUGACGGAGCAAAACUGCUGACCACGGCAUCGCCAAACGGCAGCGAACUUUUAAUUAACGGCGCGGGUCCGCUGCCAGGGCAGGUUUUCCGAAAUACAGCGCUGGCAUCAACAAUGCGGCUGCUGGCACAGGAUGGGGCUCGCGGGUUCUAUGAGGGGCCCGUUGCCAGUGCAAUUAUUGAUUGUUUGAAAGAAAGCGGCUGUGUCAUGACGCUCGACGAUCUGUGCGCGCACCACAGCUCGACAGAGGAGCCCAUUUCAUAUGAAUACCGCGGGCAUCGGCUGCAUGAGUGCGCACCCAAUUGCAGCGGCCUGGCUGCGCUUCUUGCCCUGGAUAGUCGAUGCGCUGGAAAAUUCUCGGACUCCCUGCGCCUGGCAUUUGCUGACGCGCGUCGCUACGUGUGUGAUCCUGAUUUUUCCUCUAUUCCUGUAUUGCAGCUGCUUUCGCCUGCGUACCUGGCUGCGCGUGCUGCGUGCUUUGACCCCGGAAGCGCCGCUGCUAGCGUCACGCAUGGCACACCACUGGGUGGCUCGGACACAGGGAAUGCGUGCAGCUUUGUCAACUCGACAUUCCACCCCUUUGGUACUGGCAUUGUGCCGCGCGGAUGUGGUUUUGCACUGCAGGAUCGUGGCUGCCUGUUCAGCCUGGACCCAGCCCAUCCAAACUGCCUCGAACCAAGGAAAAGACCAUACCACACAAUCAUACCAGCAAUAGUCACGACCGACGGUGACCUGUUCAUGUCUUAUGGCAUCAUGGGCGGGUUCAACCAGCCGCAGGCCCACUUGCAGGUCUUGCUAAAUAUUGACGGCCGCGUGGCAAUUGAGGACGGCAUCUCUCAACAUACCAUAGACCAGCUGCAACGCAUGGGCCACAGCGUCUACAUUGUGACUGGGCUGCAGCGCUCAUUGUUCGGCCGCGGCCAGGUCAUCAGGCAGUACACAGACCAGCUAUUGGGCAUACCGCCUGCUUUAAAUCAAGUUUGAAGUUGAAAAACGACCACACGUGUGUGAGAAUUUUUCUGUUCAUGCCAGUUGCAUGUUUUUUUUGGGCUGCUAAUUUUUCCGUCGUAUUUUUCUGAUAAACACUGCAUGCAGAGUCGGAUUCAUAUGUGUCGAUCUCUUUCUGCG